AAACCCCCGUUUAUGUGUGAACUUAGUCAAAUGCUUGCUUAAUUUUUCAUUUGAACCAAAACAAACCCUCGUUUUUAACCGUGUGAUGAGCACUGUAGGUUGCAGGCUGAUGUGUGUAAGAGCUCUCGACAGCUGUAGCUCAGCGCUGUUGACGUCUCGGAUGCAGGAUGCUUUGGUGCUGAUGCUGCUGGCCAGCGUACUCAGAGCUCUGAUGUUCAUGUAACUGCUGUGACACUGCUGUAUUUGCGCCGCCUCUGGUUAACAAGCAGCCUACAUUCAUCCACAGCGGUUACUUAAAAGAAUAUAAAUCGCGACAUAAGAAGCGAGCGCACAGCUGUUUGAUGCCUCUCCAUCACUGAACGGGGUCCUCACAAUGAGAGACGAGCAGAGGCUGCCAUUGAUCGCACAGAAGAGACUGAAACAGGGGAACAUCACCGGAGACCUCAUAAUAAUGCGAGACACCAGAAAGACGGAGCACAAAACCGACAGCCAUUGGGAAAAAACCGAAGGGAUGCUUCGUUUGCGACGGUAAAUGUGCCUCGUUCAUUUGCAUGAGAUUUGCACAGCAGAGAAAGCAGCGCUGUUGCAGGUUAACAAUUGAAAUAUGACAGCGGUGAUUUCCAGCUGUUUCUCAUUGUUUGCAUGAGAGGUAGAUACGUAUUCGCGUUGAAAGGAUGUGAACGGUGCAAAACAUUCCACAGAUCUUCAGGCUGUCCUCGGCGACAUCCGAAAAGCCCCUAAUGCGUUAUCUCUCACCUGGCUGCUGUCACCAUGCCCGUCUCUCCACCUCCCGGACCGGGCAAUAACUCCCACAUGGUGCCCUGGGACCCUGGCGCACCACUGUCACCCUCUCUAAUAAACAGCACGGUGAAAAUGGUGCUCAUCUCUUUAAUCGUGUGCACCUCACUUUUUGGAAACGUAGUGGUGCUGUUGGUGUUUCAGCGCAAGCCGCAGCUACUCCACGUCGCUAAUCGCUUUGUGCUUAACCUGCUUUUGGCCGACCUGCUGCAGACGGUGCUGGUCAUGCCCUUUGCCAUCGCCGCCACUGUGCCCGAAGUCUGGCCCCUGGAUGCCCGUCUGUGCCAGGCUCUUGUGGUUCUCAUGCACCUGUUUGCAUUCGCCGGUGUCAACACCAUCAUCGUGGUGUCCGUGGACCGUUACCUCGCCAUCAUCCACCCGUUGUCGUACCCAACCCGCAUGACGCCCCAUCUGGGCACCAACCUGAUCGCUCUGACGUGGCUCUUCAGCCUGCUCCAGAGCACGCCGCCGCUGUACGGAUGGGGGGCUAUCGAGUUCGACCGUCGCCAUAAUGCCUGCACCGUGGUGUGGUCCUCAAGCUACUCGUAUUCGGCCCUGGUGUCAGCGCUCUCGUUUUGGCUGCCCGUGGCAAUCAUGCUUUGCUGCUACUGGAUGGUGUUCAGAGCCGCCAGGAGACAGAAUGCCCUCGUUCACCCCAUCCAGUCCAACCCCCCUCCAGAUUCCCAGGCACCCUGUUCCAGUCCUCAAAGACAGCAGGCACAACCAGAGGGACCCUUUUCGGCCUCCUACCCGAUCAGGACUCGGCACAGACGCUUUCACUAUCACUGCAAGGCGGCACGGGUGGUGUUUGUCAUCAUGGCAUCUUACGUGCUCAGCAUGGGCCCUUACAGUGUUCUGAGCACUAUAUCCAUUUACUCUAGUGCAUCCGUGCCACCCUGGUUGGCCUCCACGGCUCUCAUUCUCUUUUUCCUCCAGUGCUGCUUACACCCCUACAUCUACGGCUACAUGCACCGCAGCGUACGCAAGGAGUUCCUGGCGCUGCUCUGCGGGCCGCUGUGCGGACAGGCACGUAUCAGUCAAGGCUCUGCUGUGGACAGCUGCUUCACGGUGACGGAUGGGCGACUGCCGCAUGCCCACCUGUCGAGCCAGGCUGCCCGCGUGUGCCCUCUCCGCACCUGGGAGGAAGGGACCACCAGCUCUUCUCCAACAGAGAGGAGGUCUAAAGACAGCCGUAAGGAGACCACCUCCAUCAGUCUGAGCUCAGAGAAGGAGCUUACUGUUCACAGCAACAAACAAUCUGAGUAAAACUGCUGUUCAGUAUGCCACGUGUUGUGUAGAUGUAUGAGAUAUACAGUAUUGGGGUAUAUAUGUACAUUUAUUGUGGUUUUAGACAGUUUUAGGAUGGGCACGAUUUGAUUGGAAUCAAAUGACAUAUUCUGUGCCUUUCAAUACUAAUACAACUCAAUACAGUGCAUCUCUAAAAGUAUGAAAAAUGCUAUGCGUACCGUACUGUACGUAAUAUUGCACAAAAACAACAACAACAACAACAACAAAGCCUAGCGAUGGUAGGAGAUGCAUGUCUGUGAAAAAAAGUGUUUUUUAUUAUUUGAAUGGAAAGUGUUUUAAAGUCUGAGUUGCUUAAGUCAUAAUGAUUAUUUACCUUGAAAACAAGUUUUAAAAGCGUCUGUGAAAAAUGACUGAAUUCUAAACAUUCCAAUCAGCUCCUAAGUUAAAAAUGAAUGUUGCUUUUAUUUUCGAAUUGCAGGAAUAAAAGGGAGUGAACUGUUACGACAAUAUCAAAUAAUGUAUCAAAUACAGUAUCAAAUUAAAUGAAUGUACUCGUAAACUUUACAUCCACGUCAAGAGGUACUGUAUUACUACAAAACCUAAAAAUUUAAAGACAGAAAAGUUUCAAUAUGUCAGAAACAGAAAUCAAUUUGUUCUCACAGUCUACAGUAAAUGUGAUUUUUUUUCAGUUUUAUUAACUAAAUGAUUGCCAUGGGAUAUAAUGUUCUCUUAUAGAAGAGGUUUAUUAAUAACAAUCAAACUGUACUAUUGUAGAGAUACAAUUUGAUGCCUAUUUUAGGAAAUUACUGUUAUAUUGUUCAUGUACCAGUAUACUUAAGCGAUGAAUCUCAUCAACUUUAAGAUGUCGGUCAGUUAUUCAGAAGUGCUGCUGUUCUAACAUUAGUCCAAGUAGAAUUAUGAUGUAAUGAGUAGGAGAGUCUUGAAUAUUUAUGUUAUGAAUUUCAGUUGUAUACUUUGUAAUUUGUGUCUAGCAAUUAGGAACUAGCAGUUUGGAUGUAGUUAACCCCUUUUAAUCUGAAGUCUGUACUGUAGAGCAUUUAACACAUGUGCUUGCUUGGCAGUCUCUUAAUGUGUCACUUUAUUUUUCUUGAAAAUGACACCUUCACCAGUAUUUAACAGACAGAUAGUAUUAUCUGUGUGUUAUGAGGAUUUUGACCAAGAGGCCGAAUCUCAUUAAGAAUUUCAGUGUCCAUGACAUCCUUCAACCCACAAAAUCAAACAAAGGUAAUAUUUUGCUUUAAGAAUUUUAAGGUUGUUUUGUAACCAUUAAGGUUUCUUGUUUCUCAGGGUUAUAUGAUGUGUCCCACUCUCGUACCUCAUAACCAUAGUCGAUGUCUCCCAGCAUAAAUUACACAGUGUAUGAUUAAAUAUGAUUGCUUAACAACUGAUAAAGCACUUUAUAUGAUAGGCUAAGAACAUUUAUACAGAGUGGGACAGCUAAUGAUCAUUCUGGGAUGUUUAGAGGUUGACUGAGAUUUACACUGUUCAACUUUAAUAGAUUAAACCUGCCAUGAUUCUGCAACAGCCAGUUAUUACUUUAAUACCAGUAAGUGCUGCAAUAUAUAAUGGGCAUUUUGUCUUUUGGUUUCCAUUGAUGUCUGCAGCACUUACAGAACUGUAGACAAUCAGACUCACAACUCAUUUAAAGAGUCAGCCGACAUAACUCAAUCGUAACACCCGACUGUUUUAUAAACGUUUAGACAUUUUGUAAUGAUGAAAUAUGGAUUUUAUUUUCGUUUUGUUAUGACAUGUUGAAGAAUGUUCUUGUAUACCUCAAAAAAAAACUGAUGAAACAUUCUGUGGGGUUUUAAAUUAAAAGGGGAAAAAUGUGCAACCAUGUAUAGUUUUUAUGUAAUGGCUGUUUUCGAACUACGCAUUUAACUUAUGUAAUAAAAAGUAGAAAAGCACUUCAUAUCUCCCGUUAUUAAGAUUACUUGUAUAAAAGUGUCCUAUAGGGAAAAUGUGCUUUUAAAUAAUGCUACUUCCUUCAGAAAAGAUCUGACAGUCAGAUAACAAAACAAUGACACCGACACACAGCAACAGUAAUUAUUGAUGCACACCAAUAAGAGGUGAUGGAGUGUGGUUUUAACGUGCAUCCUACGAAGGAUCUUUCCCAACAGAUUAUAUACAACAGAAACAUAAAAGUAUCAUCAGGAAUCUUUGUAGUAAAAUGUCACAACUUGUCAUUACAGACAAAGAAAUCAUGACAGCAGUAAAACGUGGGUUUCAGUAUAAAAUCAUAUUAAGACAACUUCAAACAGCUAAAGCACUGUAAAAAGUCUUUGGAGAUCACACGCUGACUUACUGUCAGUCAAUGUGAAAAUAAACAGUUAAUAUCAGACAGUCACACACCAACAGGAUGAGACGAGGGUGUUCUCUGAUUCCUUCAAGAUGUUUUCCUUCAUUUUAACGUCUUUUUAGGCAUCUACUCAUUGACGGCUGGUUAGCAAAAGAUAAUGCUGUGGUCAUCCUCCUCUUAGUCCACUUUUAGAACACUGUAAAUCUUAUUUACAAACCAGAAGCAGGCGAAGAACCCUAUAGUACCUG